AUGCAGACCAUGACUAUAGGAUUGGGCCUUCAGAACGAGAGUUUUAACUACCAGCGCUACAGUAACUACAUCAUGGACUCUUGGGCCUACAUGGAGAGCGACCAGAGCAGGCCCAAGCCCAGGAUGAACACUGAGGACGACCUGACCGCCGUCACCAUGCUCCACGACCAGUGCAAGAGUCAGAGGGAACUGAAAAUGACUGCAUGCAGUCGAGGCAGCAACGUGUACAAGCCCAACGAGAGCUCCUCCCCCGAUCUGAUUUCUCUGGACACGCCCGCCAACAUCAUGAAGCUCCUGUCGGAGAACGUUUCCAGCUACGGCCACCAGGAGCCAAUGUGCCACGCCCCCAAGCCUGGCUCCGCCCUCCCCCCCUCCUCAGAGAGCUACACCACCCUCACGGCCAGCGCCGGGGGCGCCGCCGCGGUGGACAGCUACGACAAGCUGGUCAUCAGCAACAUCUUUGACUCUCUGCUGCAGAAGUGGCCGGGGGAGACAGCCUUCUCCGACACGGCGGUCCAGAUUCCCUACAGCACACACUUCUCCCUCAGGACAGUCCAAUCUACUCAGACACCUACUCUCACUCAACCUCCAGAGAGGUACAGCCAGGAGUUCCAGUUCACUCUGGGAGCUGCCCAGGCCUCACAGCACAAGUCUUCCCAGCUGCCCAUGGUGUACCUGAACAAGGGCCAGUUCUACUCCAUCACCCUCCAGGGAGUGGAGAGCUCCACAGCCUGGUGGUCAGCAAAGUCAAGGUGAACUGUGGUCAUGGCCGUGUUUGAAAAUGACAAGAGUCCAGAGGUGCAGCUGAAGUGUUGGAACCACUGGCACGCUCGCCAACCCACCGUCAAGCAGAGGGUCAUUGACAUAGCGGACUACAAAGAGGUGUUAAGCGGCAUCAGCGGUGUGGAGGAGGUGGCGUUCAACGCUCUUUCCUUCGUCUGGAACCCCAACGAGGAGGCCAAGGUGUACGUUGGCCUGAACUCCCUCAGCACAGACUUCUCGUCCCAGAAAGGCGUGAAAGGUCUUCCUCUCAACCUGCAGAUUGACACCUAUGAUUUCAGCUCUGGCUCCAACAAGCUCAUCCACAGAGCGGCCUGCCAGGUGAAGAUCUUCUGUGACAAGGGUGCUGAGAGGAAGAUGAGAGAUGAGGAUAGGAAGAGGACCAAGAGGAGGGGAAAGAACGUGGCUGACACCAGCAACACGAGUUCUAAGUCCGUGGUGUCCAGCUCCAUGGCCUCUGACACCACUCUCUUUAGGACCCUGCAGGACCAUGACCAGCCUGUCCUCUUCAUCCCGGAGAUGCAUCUCUCCAACCUCCAGCGCUGUGGCCUGGCACCCCCAUCAACCCUGGAAGAAGUUGAAAGGAGCUCUCUGAAGAGACGGUAUCCAGACAAGGAGCAUAGCCUCUCUCCUCCCGCCAAACAGAUCAAAGCCAAGGACACGCAGAGAGUGCUCCUGUACGUGAGAUCGGAGGCCGAGGAAGUUUUUGAUGCUCUGAUGCUGAACACCCCCACCCUCAUAGGGCCUGCGAGAAGCUUGUAAAGAAAGUACGGCAUGCAGAAGGACACCAGAAAAAUCUACAAAAAAUGCAACGAGGGUAAGAUUUUCGUGAACAUGGACGACAACAUCAUCGCGCACUACAGCAACCAGUCUACCUUUCUGAUUGAGAUGUCGGACUCCCACGGCGUCCUCCAGAUCACCUCAUGGAGCUAUGAAGACCCCUCCAUCACCUCUCAGCAAGAACCCUGACCCACUGGCACGAACUUCUGGACAAUCCCAAUUGCAGAUUUUAACGCUCUUAAAAAGCACUGCCCAAUUGGACAAUGCAAUUGCAUUGCAAUAGAGACAUUACAGACCAGGGUGCAAGCUCAGAGGCCAGUGGGAUCAAUAGUUAUAAAUGGGCCAACAGCCAGUGUGUCAACCAGAACACUGAUGUCAGUCAUUCUUUGUAAAUACCACAGGCUGGAACACAUCAGUUCAGUAUUCAGUUUUAGCUAAAUAUUUUAUAUAUAACGUGAGAGCAAUUAAGAUGAAGAUGAUGUAAAUAUUUAAUGUAAAUAUUAAUUAACAUGACCUUGCUGUUUGUUUGCCUGUAAACUUACAAUGCCCAUUUAUCCAUCAAAUUGCUAUGAUAUUAUUUCAAUUGCCAGGAAGCAUAAACAUCCGGCAUUUUGCCAGCUCUUUCAAAGUAGGUUAGGUUGCUAGUAACGCACCUAUAUUUCUACAGAACUCAUGGUGCCUGAAAAAGCAUGCUAGUCUGACACAGUUUGUCUUUUAGAUAGCAUGGUAUUAUUUCUGAUCCCUUUUUUAUAUAUUUCUGUAACAAUACACUGCUGAAGCUACCUGUCUGUUAGUUUCACAGUCGGCCUGCCCAGAGCUUGCUUGUAGAACCAAUGUCACACAUUUCCCUGUCAGCGAGAAUUAUCUUCACCAUAGCUGAGGGUUUCACCUAGCAGAGGCUAACCCUUAUCAGAGGGCAACACACAUUUCCUGGAUCUGUUGUGGAACCACACAAUUUACCCAUAAGCCACUGUGUCUGAACACAGCUCCCUCUCCCCCAUUUCUCAGAUGAGUUUUUGUGAAAGAUUUUGGAUAUUUUAUUGUUGUUUUUUUUUUCAAUCAUUGACCAUUUUGCAACAUUUCAAGGCUUUAUGUAUAAUCGUAUAUUUAAUGUUUUUACUUUGCCAUUCUUUUGUAUUACCCAUUUCUAUUUUUUCCCCUAAAGAAAAUAAAGGACGAUGGAUCAGG